UGCUCUGCUGAAUGUACGGUGUCAAGCGAACGCGUCCGUAUGGGGUACGGAGGAACUAGUAUAAGACGAAUUGGACAACUUGCACAAUCGUCAGUAUCAGCAAUUCAAUAUCGGUGAACUCAAAUACUCCAGUCCGGUGCCUCGCCGCAUGUCUUGGCGCGUUUGGUGGCUCCGACCCGACGCAGACUCCAAGCCUUGCAGUAAUACCUCGAAGACAAGCCUCGAUGCUGGAUCGCCAUACUAUGGUAUUUUCGCGAUGAUUGUGUUGAUCAUGGCCGGGGACUUCUGCGACACACACCCUGUCAAACAAAGCACGAGAUGCGGCGAUACGCACUAUGCACCCAAAGCCGCCCACGCUCACUGGCGCCUAGUCCACGAGUUGCAACCACGAAACCCACGUGUUGAAGCUUAUGAUAUCCGCGCCAUUUUCCCUAACAGGCCGAUUCGUGCGUUAGAGAUUGAUCAGACUCCGGAGGAGCGACCUACAUACAUUCAAGUUAUUCGUCAGGUCGAGAUACCUGUUCCAACACUGGUGCUCCGUAACAAACAAGCGGCCGACAACAAGCCCGAGACCGUCAGAUUGUACGAAGCGCCAGUGCAGAUGGCGUUUUAUAAGGAUCCUGCGUUUCGCCCCAGACGAGGCAUCGAACCCUCGACCGUUUGCGACGAAAUUGCCUACCUUACAGACAUACAGCGACAGUCUAUCGCCUGCGAGCAUCUUGUUCGAUUAGCUAUAAACGCAGCCAAGAGAAACCUACUGGUUAACGUGCCUACGCAUGUCGUACUAGCGACCGCGCAAAUCGGAGGAUUCUUCGACAUAGAUGAAGUUGAAGUCACCACACAACAAGUCUUUUUCUUCUAUGGAGAUUUUGAAAAACCGGGCCAGCGAGGACGGAAUGUUGGGACCAUUGUGCUUCAUCAGAAAUUAUUAUCGCCUGUGGACUGCGCCAAAACCUUACAGGUUCUUCCUUCGAUCAGUACAAUUACAGUGUCUGCUCAUGCCCUGAUCACGUGUUGCUCCCGGGACAUCAAGGGUAUUCUGAAGGCGUGGUUGAGCCAUAAGACGCGCAAAACGCUGUGGGACAUUGCGCAGGACAACAAAGCGGACGCGGAGACCUAUGAGAGAUGUUUCCCGUUCCUGGUCAAUGCCAAGAAAGGCCACUGCCUAGGCCUUUGCGCAGAACUUCAAGCUAUUCUCAUCAAUCCUGAAUCUGUCAUAAGGCAACUUGCACAACCACUCUCCCUCGAACUUCUACUUCAGAUAGCAGCUAUCAAUGUCUCUUGCGCGCUGAGAAUGACUUCUUGA